AUGUCCACCCUCCAGCCAGCCAGUUCUGGCCUAAUCGCCAAACUCCCUACCCGCCUCCGCAACUUUUUCGCCCGCUACCCUCCCCAGCACUACUCCGCGGCGGCUGCACCACCCCCCGACCCAACAACGACACCACCACCAGCAUCCGAGACCGGGGCCCUCCCAUCACCCUAUACUCCUAACCGAGACGCCAAGGGCCACGAACGCCCUGACCCGAGUGCCAUCUCUCCCUCGCGGGCCCUCUUAUGGUCGAACCCUGAUUACCCGAAUCCGUUCCUGCCUCGCAAGAACUUUCGCACGGGGAAAUGGAUCGGACCGCGGUAUGGGCUGCGGCAGCAGGCGGAUCUGGUGAAGUUGGCUAUCAAGUAUAAUGUUGAGGCACUGCUACCACCGGGGAAGAAGAGUACUGAGUACAAGGAGACGAGACGCGCGGAGCGUGGAUUGCAGGUUAAGGGUACGGGUAUUGGACAGAAAGUCAAGGGUCACAAGUGGGAGAGGACGAUGGAAGGACGACUUGAGGAUAGGAGGAAGGCGAUGAUGGAGAUGCCGGAGAUGAUCCGGUUGUGGAAGCAGAGAGGUCAUGGUCGUGGUUGGAAGAAGUGGCCCAAGAGGUGA